AUGACAUCCAAUAUCCUACAACUCCCGUUCCGCCGGUCCCAUACUGUCUCGCUAUCCGAUGCUAUCACCCAGUAUAUCUCGUCCAAAUAUGACCAGCGCCCGGAUAUGUUCGCGGACGAUCUAAUGAUUAUUGAUCGUCUGCGGAGCGAAGCUGUUAAUGUCCAGGAACCGCAUAUUAGUGGUAUUAGUCGGUUGGUCACGUAUGCGGCGCAGUUGAAGUGGCUUGGGGGGAAAUUUCCAAUUGAUGUUGGGGUCGACUUUUCGUGGUAUCCCGCAUUAGGGUUUAAUUCGACACGACCUGUAUCCCAAAAUAACCUGCGCUUUGAGCUAGCGAACAUCCUCUUCAACCUUGCCGCGCUGUACUCACAACUUGCAUACGCGCUAAACCGGACAACUGCGGAUGGCCUCAAGCAGGCAUGCAACUAUCUCUGCCAAGCAGCCGGAGUCCUGGCCCACCUCCGAACAGACAUAAUCCCCGAUCUGCGCUCGUCCCCACCGGAAGAUAUGGAUGAGAUGACACUGCAAAGUCUGGAGCAGCUCCUGUUGGCGCAAGGCCAAGAAUGCUUCUGGCAAAAGGCCGUCAAGGAUGGAUUGAAAGAUGCCUCGAUUGCUCGGCUCGCGGCAAAGGUUUCCGACUUUUACGCCGAUGCGGGUGACUUUGCCGUCAAGUCGAACGCUAUUACCACGGAAUGGAUCCACCAUAUGUCCGCCAAACACCAUCAUUUUGCUGCCGCGGCGCAGUACCGGCAAUCGCUGGACUGCUUGGAGAAGCGCAAGUAUGGAGAGGAAGUGGCGCGGUUACGUGACAGCUUGGCCUGUGUCAACGAGGGACUUAAGGAGUCUCGGUGGAUUAGCAAGACCGUGCUCGGCGAUUUGAAUGGGUUGAAGAGCCGUGUUGCGGAUGAUUUGAAGCGGGCUGAGAAAGACAAUGAUGUAAUAUAUCUUAGUGCCGUGCCGCCAAAGUCUGAGCUGAAGAGUUUGGAUCGGGCUAGCAUGGUGGCUUCCAAGGCGCCGUCGCAGGUGACCGAUGCGAUUUCGAUGCUUGGAGAUAAUGGACCGUUGGGUCAGCCGUUGUUUUCGAAACUGGUGCCUUAUGCUGUGCAUAUUGCGGCUAGCAUCUACUCCGAUCGCCGGGACAGAUUGGUCAAUGAGACCCUGAUUGGGGAACUGGAGUCUAUGACUGAUAAGCUUCGAGAUUUACUGUCCUCGUUGAACCUCCCAGGUUCGCUACAAGCCCUGGAAAAACCGCUCGGUGUUCCAGGGACGGUAGUCUCCCACGCAGAGGAGAUGCGACAACAAGAUGGAUUGAACCGUCUACGCCGGUCAGUCGAAGACACGGCCAGGGUCAAGUCCAACGAUCGAUCGAUAUACAACGAAGGUGUUGAAUUGCUAGCUGCCGAAAAGGCCGAGGACAAUGCAGCCCGGCGAAAGUAUGGCACCGAUCGAUGGGCGCGCGAGACCUCCGAGGCCGCCGCGCCGAAGAUCUACAACUCGUCGAAAGAGAUCAGUGGUUACUUCACGUCCGCCCAAAGCAGCGACGAUUUGGUCGAGCGUAAGCUGCGCGACUCCGAGGCUGUCUUCCGGGUCUUGACGGGAACAAAUCGGGAUCUCGAAUCUUACGUGCCCAGUAGUCGUAGAGCUGCGAUUCCCCCGGAGGUAGAGAGGGAGGCUAUCAAAUUGCGAAGCUGCUUGAGUGAGGUUAGUCGGAUGGAGAACCGGCGGCGCCGACGAAUCCAGACACUCAAGGAUAAAGCUCGCGCAGAUGAUAUCCACCCUGCUCUCCUGAGGGAGACGGCACGGUUAGAACGCGAGUUCCCAAUGCAAGCCAUCCAGGCCAGCCAAUUCGAAGAUCUCUUCGAAGAUAGUCUCCGACUAUACGAUUCCGACAACGAUAUGCUCGCCCAGGAAAGGCGAGACCAGGAACAGAUCUCCGACCAAGUCCGCGAAGCCAAUCUUGCUUUCACUCGCGCACACAAGGGUGAUGCCUCGACUAAAGAGCGCGAGACUGCCCUCCAAGAGCUGGAGAACGGAUACUUGAAGUACAAGGAGAUUAUUUCGAAUCUCGAAGUCGGCCGCAAGUUCUACAACGACCUCGCCAAGAUCGUCAGCCGGUUCCGUGACGAUGCAAAGGCUUUUGUGCACCAGCGCCGUAUGGAGGCGAGUCAAUUGGAAGCUGAUAUUUCCAACGUGACCGCCAUGGCAUCCCUCCGCCUCUCUCAGCCUCACCUCCACCAGGCCUCUCCCCAAACCACCCGCACACACCACCAACCCUCUCCAUACUCAAGUGUUCCACAAGCCCAGACACAGGCACCGGCUCAACCAGCCCCUCAUCCCGCACCCCCGGCCCCGGCUCCAGUACCCGUACAGAUGCAUUCCCAUCGACCCUCAGGAACUGCCGCGCCCCUAACUGCACCGCAACCAGUCCGCGCCGCGAUCCCUCCACCCUCGGUGCCGACGCCGGGCAUGUGGUCGCCUGAGAUAGGCAUUCGGUUUGACUCGGCGGGUGUACCGCCUGGUGCAAAUGCUGGUCCUGCGACUACGGCGGCGGGGAGAGGGCAGGGUGGGACGUGGGAUCCUAGUCAAGGUGUGCGGUUCUCGUAG